AUGUCUUCGCUUCAAGCAAGUUAUUUCAACACCCAGUGUUGUUUGAUAUGGGAACCGUACAAAAAUCUCCAGUCGCGUGUAGAAGCCGCCGUUCUGCGUGAGGACCCGGCGAGCCUCGAGGGAAUUUCGAAUCUGCUUCGACAAAAUUUCGUGAAUUUCAAUUCGCUGUUGUCGCCUCCCGGAAAAUCGCCGAGACACAGAGAGAUAGUGUCUAAGGGCGACAGUGAGGGUUUUAAAACUUCGGCCAGGUCAACCGACAACAUAAAAGUCGAUUCAGAAUUCGUUCGCGACGCACUGAAACUCAGCGAUGUCCUCGAUCUGGAUGAAUUACGAGCCGCUGAGCUCAUCACCCGGUCCGAAAUCCAACUGGCUGCCUUCCCCGGCAUGCCUAGGCUCCCGCUGGCCGCAAUGUUGUACUUCGAUGGUCAGUUUGCGCUUGCAACCGCCCUGUCUCAAAUCACUCGAGCCGGUGGCGGACGGUCGUGGCUCGGUUCGAUCAAACCUCAGGCACGACAACAACUCGAUGAGGCUCUCAGAAAUAUCAUGGUCCGAGAAGAUCUUUUCGGUAGUCUGCUGGCGCGUUUGAGGAAUUUCGAUCCUAUGAACGUCAAGCGCAACCUCGAGGCUCAUGGAUUGUUGGCGAUCCCGGCGCUCCACCAGAGAACGCUCCUGAAAACGAUUCAAGCGAUCGAGGAUACGAUCUGUGAAACGAUUUUCUACUGGUGCGCUCAACAAUGUGUCACCACGCCCCAAGCUCUGAACCUGUACAAACUCCUGGGCGCUAAAUGUCAACUGACAGCGAAGAGCUUCCUCAACAAGCCGAGCGCCUUACUGUUGACCGCCAUGUUGAACGUCCUGGAUCUUCAUUGUCUACAGGAUGGGGUGCCAAACAACGUGAGCUUGUCGCUCGUCGACCAUCCCGAUAUCGCGGAGAGGUUGCUCGACGCGCUGAGACCUACAUCGGACAUCGAGUUUCGGCAACCUGAAGUCAAGAGUAUCCUACAAUUCGCGCUGACAGUUGCCGUGAACGCGUAUCAAUUAGCGCCUCCGCGCGGUCAGACACCGGGAGUGAUUCAGACAGUACUCGAGGAUCAGGAACGACUGAUGGAUGACGCUCUGCAGAUGAACGUCUUUCAGCACAUGGUUGAUCUCAUCGGACACAGACAGAGCGUGGUUCACACGGAACAUUAUCUGAUGUUGUCAUGGCACAACCUCAUCACCGAUUUCAUCGUACAGCAGCCUCUUAAACUCCAAAAAAUCAGAAUGAUCGCCGACGAAGUCGGCCGCACUUCCAUGUGUUAUCAGAACGAGCACGGGGUCAACCCACCGAGCGCCUCGCAUAAUUUCGAGCUGCUCCUCGAGUUUGUCUCGUUACUGUACCGGGGACCCGACAACAAAGUCCCGGAAUUCGCCCAUAUCCUGAUCGAAGAAUUCUGGACGCAGGAAAUCCGAGGUCACACGGUCCGUGUCUCUCCGCGACUCGUGGCCCUGUUCAACUUUGUCGUUCUGUUCAAGGAAUACAACCAGCUCCUGCCCGUCAACAUGUACGUUCCGUACUGCAAAAUGUUGGCAACCAUCUGCCAAAGCCCGCGAGCCGCUGCCACCUGCUUCAAAAUUCUCAGCAACCAGCUGGGACCGUUGACAGUGUCGCUCGAGCACAUCUUCAUCAUACUACACACCCUCCAUCAGAAGCUGCGGAACGAUGGGCCGAUGGGUCAGAACCCACAGAUCAGCCCAAUGGAAGUCAAUGGACUCAUCGCGGCGCAGGAACUCCUCGCUGCGAUGUGUCGGAGUAGUGAAAGCGCCAGAGUCACUCUGGCUGAGCAUCCCGUCUAUAAUUCGAUUAUGCUCUACGUUUCGCUAUUGGGUUGCUCACUGCCCACAAGUCUGAAAGCUGCCUGUUUGGACGUACUCACUGCCUUCACGAUCACGCCCGAAAACGCACUGAAGGUGUGGCAAUACAUAGAGGCCGCGAAAUUGGUCCCCGCAACCGCUUACGUGAACGUCAACCCGCAGCCGGGCAUGCAGAUGGACCUCGAAGAGGUCGAGAGCCGCAACGGAUUGUAUCCUGUGACCAUCGCCUUCCUUCGACUCCUCGACACGCUGACGGACAGUCCCUUGCCGAUAAUUGUCGGCAAUUCUGUUUUUAAGAAUGGUUUCGACCCCUACAUGAACUAUUUGCGCGAAUCUGUUUUCCUCAAGUUCCUCAACAGGAACUACAAGGAUUCCAGUGAGCGAUGGAUCAUCGGAUCGCUCUCUCUGAGAAUCAUGGAGAAGAUCCUACGCAAGUUCAGUUGCGUUUCCGACAACGUUCUUUUUAAUGACUCCGCUACACUGGUGUUGAAACCGACAUCGGAGAACGGCGCCCAACUGGCCUACAACCUACUCGCCCACCUGCUGCAGAACGGACCGUUAUUGCGUUUGGUGCUGCGGAUAAUCGACGAAGGCAUCGACGUCCUCAACGCGGACGAAACGUUUUCGGAGAAGAAGGACCUCGAAACCUGUAUCCUUCUGUCGCUUCGGAUACUUCAGCAAGCGCUCAUCCAGCAGGAUAAUUUCCUCAGCGAGGUUUUCAAUUCCCACGCAGCGUUGAUCGUCAAUCCUCUGGACGUUCUGCUGCGAGGUAUAAACCCGAGAACUCACCGCUCGGACUACUGCUCCAACAUAGGCCGCAUCGUGGGGUAUUUCUGUGAACUGCCCCGACAGUCGUUGGCCGCCGCUCGAGUGAUUUUCCUCCUCUCGAGGAAAUCCUCCGUAGCCGAACAUUUGGCGUCGGUCUUCAACAACGACCAGGAGACGUCGACGGCGAUCACCGUCGGUUUCGCCGGGGCGCUCGACCUGCCGUCGUACGAGGAACCGCCCUCGGGCAAGGAGAGCGAGUGGUCAGAACCCCAGAUCAGAACCGCCAUCGCGCAAACGAUACUCCGUACGAUUCAGCAGUGCAUCGAAAUGCAUAAAGUUCCCAGCGUGGCCCACUUUUUGCUCGGCUUCGAUAUCCGGAGACCGUUGAAUCGAGCCGCGCUCGAAAGAGCCGGAUACAUGGGACGACCGAAAAACUGCCUGCACAACUGCCUCGAGCUGCUCGACCUCAGCAUCAAUUUCCCGGAACGUUUCAGCGAGUCCCUGGCCGAGCUAUGCUACAAAUUAGUGUAUUUCCUCUGCGCGAACUCGAUGACUAGCGAGCCGGUUAUGCGUUACCUGCGCAACACCGAGAACUUUUUCAUUCGUCAUCUGGUGAGCUUCCAGAAGAAACUCAUCGAGCCGUCGACGCAUGCGAGCGAGAUCCUCCUGCAGCGAUGUUGGUUCCUCAAGAGUUUGGCGUUGGAGCUACGAAUGUGCGCUGAGACUAACCAACGUUCGAUGGUGAAGAAAAUCGUCGAUCCGCUGGUAGUCGACGAUGGACGCGUCACUGCCGACAUGAUGCAGCCGUGCCGGAGAAAGCUGCUCCGGAUUCUCGACGAGAUUGUCAGCACGAGUCUGCCAGAGGUCCGGCCACCGACAUUCACUCACUUUGACCCGAUCGCGAUCAACGGUCUUCUGGAGGCAUGCCAUUACGCGGAGAAUAGCGGAGGACCGACUCUGAUCGACAUUUCGGCCCUCCACGACCGCUUGGCUCUCGAGAAAAUGGCGGAAACCGCCGAUAUAUCCGGUCACCUCGGGGACAUGAACGACGAGAUCAGAGAGAUUGUUAAAACCGCAGUUUCUGACAAUGCGAAGAGUCGGUUCCAAUUCGCUCGAAAAUCCUGCAUGUCCGCAUGGCGCGACGUUGUGGAAGUUCUCGUGUGUAGUUGUCCCCCGGACCUCUUCGGAGGAGAAGAGAAGAUGAGGUUCCUCCUCGAAGUGACCACGGAACUGUUGACAUUGAUCUCAGAGAGCCGAAAAGUCUCCGACUCCCUUACGGCCUUCACCGAAGUCGUUCUCAUCAAUACGAUGUCGCUGAACAAGGUCCUGAUGCGAGCUGCCCGCAUCGGCUCCACCUCGGAGUCGAACGGCUACAUUCCUGUGAACGCCUACUCGGGCCAGCUCUUGAUCAUUUUGCGGCUGAUAAUUAGUUCGCUGCAAAGGAUCCCGCCCGCGAAACAGCUCGCGCGCAGUAACAUCUACGGCGCUCUCUUGAAUGUCUUGCGGAUAGUUAAGGGCUCUCCGAAGGCAAACCAGCCUCCGCGUUCCAUCGGCGAGCGGGUCCUCGACUCCUCGAGUGAACAACUUACGCUCCAAAGGUCGCUGAUGGACAUUCUGAACUCGUACGGCGACAACUUCCGAGAGUUGAUUUGCCGUGAACUCUGCUCCGGACACCAUGUCAUCCGUAUGUUGGCUCUCUCCACAUUGGACAUCCUCCUGUUCGCCGACAACACCGACGUGUGGCUCCAACAUGUUGCCCAGAAAGGAUAUCUGACCCACAUUGUAGAAAGCAUCAUUCAAGACAAUCACGAAAUCCAAUUGUUCGCUCGCGGAAGUCAAGACGACAAACCAAUCUACCUGUUCAGUGCCAAGAUGAGCGUUCUCCGGAGGAUGGCGCAAUCGGAACGCGGAGCUCGACUGUUGUUGGACUGCGGUCUGAUCAACAAACUCACCGAGUUCUCGUCGUUCCAGAACCGGCUCGUCGUUAAUUCUGCUGCGCCGAGGCGGAAGCUAGAGCCCGACAACGACUUCUACCAUAGGAUCUACGUUCCGUUGAUGCAGCUCUUAUGCGCGAUAGCCUCCGCGGUACACUCAAACCAGGACUGUCUCUCGCAGCUACAGAACUUCCUAAUCGCGCACAGCGACGUGAUCCUCGUGAUCCUCCAACAGCGUCUCGAUAACGAGAUCACCGAGCAAGCCCUGCUCGAGAUCAGCUACGCGUGCAAAGUCGUCGGAAUGGCGGUGUCUCACGAUGACGUUCAUCAGGGCCGUAUACGGAGGCUCCACGACACGAUGCUGUCGGUUCUACCUUGGGCCAUCCAUCUGCGACCGCGGAGAAAUUCCCUCGGGACGCUGCGAUUCGAAUUGAUAGAGAGCCUUCUCCACUCGUGCGUUAAUUUCUUGGUGCCGAAUAUUCACGAUCGCAAAACAUGCCAUCUUCUGUUCAGCCCGAAUCUAUUGGCCAACGAGCCACAAUUCGGGAGUAUGCCUCAGGCGUCCGGGCUGAGACUCGGUCUUCUGGUUCAAUCGCUGCAAGAUUUCGUAGCCGAAUUGAAGAGCGUCGCCGAAGUGAAGAGAAAACGAUCUCAGAAGCUGGAGAGGAUAAACGAGAUCUCAAUGCUGGAGCUGCAGGAACUUCUUCCGGAAGAAUACCAACAGGCGACUCUGGACACGGCUCUCCAGAGGGGAAUCGUCAAGGACUGCAUCGAGAAGGAGGUUGAAACCCUCAGGAAGCAGCAGGGUCUCGUUGUAUCCAUAGUCGAGCAGACAUUGUUCAUACUCUGGCGUCAUCUGGAAUAUUUCCUCACCCAGUACGUUCCCGUCCAAGAUACAUCGCUGGAGAUAUUCACCCGCGGAACUUCGACAGAUAGCGGCACCAAUGUCACCAACGAGGAAGUUGAAAAUCUGCGCGCGUCCGUUCCGAAUGUUUUUUCGGAUUCAUACUUCCGGAAGAUUCUCCAGGUGGAAGGCAUUGUCGACACCGAUGGAGACAAACAGAAAAUUCUCGCAGCGCUCGUCAGGAGGCUGAAAACCCUUGUAAGAUUAACGUAGACGGAAGAAUUCUGAAAUGAACAAUAAAAGCUCAUGUUAUAUC